AUGUCCGCAGAUCCCCUCCAAGAAUAUGGCUUCACCCCCGUGCCGUCCUCGGCGGAGAAGCUGAUCGAGCAAGCCGUGCGGCAUCGCGGCAGUCCCCCGGCGGCCCUCGUGUCGGCGACGCCCAUUCCCGACACUCCUCUGGCGCGGCGCAUCCAGACCUACGCCCGAACGCAUUUGCCGCAGCCCACCUUUCAUCACAGCAUGCGCGUCUAUCACCUCGGUCUGGCCAUCAAGUCGCAUUUCUUCCCCGAAUGGCGGUUCUCCGACGAGACCUACUUCCUCGCCUGCAUGCUGCACGAUAUCGGCACGAGUGCGGAGAGCCUUGGUGCCACGCAUCUCAGCUUCGAAUUCUACGGCGGCUUCCUGGCCCUGGACGUGUUGCAGCGGUCGGAUGACGGGUCCGAGACAUCGGCCGUCAGCCCCAAAGCUCAGGCCGAGAGUGUCGCGGAGGCAAUCAUUCGCCAUCAGGAUCUUUGCCAGGUCGGUUCAAUCACGGCCGUCGGACAGUUGAUUCAACUGGCCACCAUCUUUGACAACACCGGCAUGCAUUCGCAGCUGGUACAUGCGGACACGGUGCGCGACGUCAACCAGCAGUUCCCCCGGUUGCGCUGGAGCGGCUGCUUUGCCGACACGGUGCGCCAGGAGAUGCAAUUGAAGCCCUGGGCCCAUACGACCACUCUGGGCGAAGACGACUUUCCGGCCAAGAUCUUGGGCAACCCUUUAGCUGCUGAGUUUGAGUAG